GAAAAGUGACUCUGACAAAAUGGCUCCUGCAGUGCAGACGGAAGUGUUUAGUGUUCUUACCCCCUGCGAACGCAUCAGGAAGCUGCAGAGAGGAGAGUGAUGGAGGGCUAGACUAGCAGAGGACUCCGGUGUGUCACCAGGCGGAUACCAUGAGUGGAGGUCUUGCACCUAGCAAGAGUACUGUCUAUGUGUCCAAUCUGCCGUUCUCCCUGACCAACAAUGACCUCCACAGGAUUUUUUCAAAAUAUGGAAAAGUGGUCAAAGUCACUAUUUUAAAGGACAAAGAUUCCCGGAGGAGUAAAGGAGUUGCAUUUGUUCUAUUUCUAGAUAAGGAACCAGCACAAAGCUGUGUCCGAGCACUGAACAACAAACAACUCUUUGGCAGAGUAAUAAAAGCUAGCAUUGCUAUUGACAAUGGCAGGGCAACUGAAUUUAUACGGAGGCGUAAUUAUACCGACAAGUCCAGAUGCUAUGAAUGUGGGGACACGGGUCACCUGAGUUAUGCCUGCCCCAAAAAUAUGCUGGGAGAUCGUGAACCUCCACAAAAGAAAGAGAAGAAAAGAAAGCGGAUGAUUGAAAUGGAAGAAGUUGUUGAAGAGGAACAGAGUGAAGAUGAAGGUGAAGAUCCUGCUCUUGACAGUCUGAGUCAAGCCAUUGCAUUCCAGUGUUUAUUAUUGCUCUCAUUCCAGCAAGCAAGAAUUGAUGAAGAGAAAAACAAAUUAAGACAUGGGGAAGCAUCCACAUCAGACAACUCAAGGAGACCUCGAAUAAAAAAGAGUGCAUAUUUCAGUGAUGAAGAAGAACUUAGUGAUUGAGUAUAUGCAUCACGAUGUCCUGCAAUUAAUUAACUUAAAGGGGUAAUCUGACCAUAGAACCCACCAAAAAAAGUCAUUGAAGAUCUGUAUUGCACUCACCAAGUAAUCUGGCAAUUUUUAAUGUUAAAAUUUGCAACCUGGACCCUCCCCCCACUUCAAUAUCCUUUUUGCAAACACUUCCAGACUACAACUCCCAUUAUGUAUUGCGUACUUCGUCAGUGCAGCUGUCCUUCUGUCCUUGUUUAAACUCCUCUGAAGCAGCUCGAUAGGACUGUCCCCUCUGAUGUUCCGCCAGGGUGACAAGUUUCCAGCACUUGUACUGUAUGCUCUGUAAAAGAGCAAGGCCGUGGCAUAUCGCAGUAGGCCUGCUUGGAUGGGGACGGAGACCCAAGCCAAGCCCACACCUAUUGUGAAACACAGCUACCGUAUGUCACAAAAAAUUUGAAUGUGGGGAAUCGGCAGAGAUGUGACAGAACCUAUUGAUGCAAAACUACACAACUUUUGUCACUGGUGAGUGACAGCUGUAUCCCAGAAACAGCACGGAAACCAUAAGAUUAGUUUUAAAAUAUAUAUACCUUUUUGUAAGGUGGAUACAUUUUCACAACAAAGUGUUUGCCCGGAGUACCUCUUUAAAGAUGCAAUGUUACUUUAAAGUAUUCAGUAGAAAGUAGCAAGGAAAAUAUGAUCGUACUCACCGUGUCACAUGAUAAAAGCCGGUUUAUUGAAUUCCUCAGGUCUGAGGACGCGUGCUCCAGCACACACGCAACAGCUCUCGCCCAAUUUUCAUUGCAAGAGCCAUGUCCUUGUCUUUGCAUAGCACCACGCACCUUAUACUUUGGAUUCAAUAAACCGUCUAUUUUCAUGUGACCUAUUUUCUUUUGCUUGAACUGUGUCUUUACCUUUUAUAGUAUGCACCCCGUAUCGCUCAACAUUUCUGUAUCUGCCGUGCUUGUUGUGCAUUGGAUAGGAAGACCGCUAUUGAGGCCUGGAGCGCCGACCACUGUGUCUGUUUGUUUUAUUUAGUAGAUUUCUUCCCCAUAUCCACUAUUUUAACCAGUUGUUUUAUUUCUUACAUUGUGGUUCAAAUAAGAACAUUAUAAUCUUACUCAGACAGACUCUUUCUUUGCUGCUGAGAACACAGAUAUUCCGUCCAUAUUUGAGUUGUGUAGCAUAAGUAUCACCCAUAUGGCCCAUUAUCACCAGGCGUCUAUAUUAUGUUUGUAAAUAAAAGUAUCUACUGUU